AUGGACGUCUCGGUGUUCGCGACGAUCGACGCGCGAUCGGGCGACGGCGGCGACGCGGGCGCGGCGACGCGCGCGCUGGCCGUCGUCGAUGACCGCGCGGAUGCGACGGACGCGCGACGCGCGCGCGGCGUGGCGAUGACGCGCGGUGGCGCGCUGUGGAGCAUGACGCAGGUGUACGCGAUGUUGCUCGUCGUCGUCGUCGGGUAUAACGCGACGGCGAGCGCGUUUCGGGGACGGCGAUUGGAUCUGAGCCCGGAGGGGAUGAUGUUGGCGGGCGGCGUCGACCCGGCGACGGUGGCGAGGUAUAACGCGACGCACGGCGCGGCCUUUGGGUACGGAGCGAACGCACAGAGAACGAGCGCAGUCGCGACGCGGUGGCGACACGUGACGCGGUACGCGAUUCGAGGUUCGUUCAACGCGGCCGCGGGGGCGGCGGUCGGCGCCGUCUCGCAAAGCGCGCGUUUGGCGCGAGGAAGCGUGCGAUUACUCGUGCCCGCGCUCGAACGCCUGGGGCUUGGCGCGAUCGUGGACGCGGUGGCCAUUGUGAGCUCGACGGCGACGUCGUCGGUGAGGAAUAUGGUGUGGUUGGUGAUGUUCGCGUCGACGCCCGUCGUCGAUUUCACGCUUUUGCCGCUGUACGAUUUCGUCCUCGACGGUCUCGAGCCGUUGUAUCAGACAUUCUUCACGGGUACGAUGGAUUUCUUCGAGGACAUGACGUUUAACCUGGAGCAAAAUCUUGCGACGGUGCUCGACGCGCGUUUGCUUUCGGUGAUCAGGCGACCGAUGCGAAUAUUCUUGAACCCGUUCAAGUGGCCGAGGGCACUGUAUGACGCCUUUAUUCGUCCCGCGUACGAGUUUUGCGCCUACCCCGAGCUCUUCGACGCGCUAGACGAGCCCGUGCGGCCCAUCGUGAAGCGUACGUACGGUGAUAGAUGUCGAGCCAGCGCGUGGGGGGAUUGGACCAAGUGCAGCAUGCAAUGCGGUAGCGGUUUCAGAGUGCGCGUAAAUCACUGCGGCAAAAAGCAGUACGAGCGAUGCGUCGGCGCGGGCGUCGUCGGCUGCGACGGCGUGUGCGAUAGCGGCUUGCGAACCGACUGCAACGGCAUGUGCGGUGGCAAAGCACUUCUCGACAAAUGUGCGGUUUGCGGCGGUAACAACGCCGCCAUCGGCUGCGAUGGCAAGUGCUUCAGCGGUAUGCGAGAAGAUACAGUCGGUAACUGUUGCCACGCGGCGACAAUCACCGCGAGCGGCAUGUGCGGAGAAGGCGACAACUUACCCGCGCAUCUUAAGGCGGCAGCGGCGGCGGCUCGCGCGAAGGCGACGUCCGCAAAGAAGAAUGUCUCCCUAGUGCGGCGGUUCAUCAACUUCGUGAAAGCGACGCUGCGUUUUGCGUUGAAGGCGGUCCUCGCCGUCCUUCGCGUCGUCGCCUUCGCCAUUCGAUUUGUUUCGGCGACGGUGACUUUUACGCUGCACACUCUAUUUUCUUCGGCCAGUCUGAAAUUGGUCGGAACGCUCACUGCGUGUUACAUGGCGAUUGGGGUAGUCGAUAAGAAGGCUCAAAAGAACGUUGGGCAGUUUAUUCGCGAAGUUGUCCCUUUCAUGGAUGAAGACGCAAAGGACGAGAGUCGAGUCGUCGGCGCAUUCUCGAAAGCCCAAGCGGCGAAGACGCCCAAGGAAAAGAUUGAAGUCUUCGUCAAGGACCUCAUUGAGAGCUUUAAGCGCGCGGGCGACGUUCCUGGUUCGAUCGCGCACUAUCUAUCUUGGCUAUGCAAGCGCUUGUACGGCGUAAUCGUCGUUGUAUCGCCUUUUAUUCUGCAAUUUCUUCGAGAUGCGUCUUACGAAAACGUCGUGAGCGCACGGGCGCAGAUGGCCAAAAAACAUGAAGAGGCCGAAAACAUUAAACGACAAAACGAAGAGCUUGCGAGGCGAAUCGAGCAAGAGGUGCGCGCUGAUGAGGAGCGCGAGAGACUCAUGAGCGAAGCGGCAAAGGUGCGAGAAGAAGCCGCCAAAGCUGAACGUGAAGCGGCGGAGCGAGAGCAAGCGCGUCAAGAAGAAAUGGCUCGCCUCACGGAAGCAGAGGCUCAAGCAAAGACGCAAUUGGAAGAAGAACGAAAGAGAGCCACCAAUAUACUAGAACAAGAACGUGCUCAAGCGAAAGCUCGCCUCGCGGCGGAAGAGGCUCGUUUGAAGGAAGAAGCUGAACGGAUCAAGCGAGAAGCGGCCCUGAAACAAGCAGAGCUGGAGCGUGAACGACAAGCGGAGCGAGAGCGCCUGGUGCGUGAAGAAGCCGAACUCAAGGAGCGUCUCGCUGAAGAGGAAGCGAAAGCGAAAUCACAUAGAUUUGAUGAGGAGGAGGCACUCAAAGUGCGCCUUGCGGAGUUGGAGGAGCGAAUGAAGGAGCGCAGUGACGUCAUAAAGAGGCUCGAAGCGGCGGAUGUCGAAGUCAAGAAAGCCGAAGUCAGUCAGAUGACGAAUAGGGCUACUUCAGCUGCAGUACGUUUGGAGACGGCCGAGAACGAAUUAGACAGCAUGGCCAAACGCAUAAUCACGUUUGAGAAGGCGAACAUGGGUAAAAAGUACGCACUCCAAAGCAAGCGCGCCAUGGCAGACGCCAAGGAAUACUGCGGGCUGCUUUCUGACUUUUUUGUGAGGAACGACGAACACCUUAAAGCGGAAGAAGAACUAUCGAUAAUCACGAAAUACCGAGACUUAUCGAACGACGCGCCGGCUGCCCUCGUGGCCCGCUUAGAGGACGUCUCCGAGGUUCCCAUCGCGAUUUCGAAGCGGUUCAACUUUUUGCUCAAAUACCGUGCUCGACGCAACGCCAUCAUCGUCUUGUCGAAACUUUCGGCGAGGCAUCCUGAGGAUGCGGUCAGACGCAAGUGCUUCGCCGCGUUGAACAAAAUCACGCGGUCGUCGACGUUUGGUCUUAUCGUCUCGGCGCGUUGUGCAGCGCUUCCAAACGCUCUAAUGGCGAUGGUGGAAUGGGCGAGCUUGGGCGAAGAACGUAUAACGGAGGACAACGCGCCGUGGGAGGCUAUGGAACUUGUUCAUAAUCUCGUCUCCAGUCGACGCAUGAAGCGCUCGGAAGUUCUUAGGCGCCAUCUCGCCGGUGGGCUCUUCGGUCGCUGCAUCUUGGCCGUGGUUAAACUCGUUCCACACAUUCCCAGUUUUCAAGGAAUGAUCUUGGGAACGCUUUGGCAGCUCAUGCGUGCCUCUGGUUACGAUGCGACGCUGCAAAACGCCCUCGUCGCUGACGGCAUCAUCCGCCACAUCCUGGACUGCAAAUCGUACGCCAAACAAAACAGUGAAGUCGCGCGCGUCUUCUGCGGCUGCGCUCUCGCGCUCGCCAUGAACAACGAGCCGGUGCAAAAGCAAAUGUUUGACAAAAAGUGGCCCGCGCGCAUCGUCAAAAUUUUAAGCCUUCACCAGGCGAUCGAUUACAAAGGCGAGUUCACCACGCUCAACGACUGGCUGUCGUCGAAUGCGUAGGCACGCA